AUGGUGAUCAACACCAAGAAACCUGUGGGACGUAUGGUGCAUAUCAAGACGACGAUGGACCCACAACGACUCGCACCGCAUGUAAUUGGCGAUAACGGCGAUAAACUUACUGAUAUUAUGUCACGCGCACGGUGCAGCAUCAGUUAUCGCAAAACACAGUCAGUGGAACCGAAUGAGGACGAGGCGUUGUCCAUGGCCUUCAUGAUCUCAGCUAACACAGUUAAGCGAGUGGACGACGGUGUCUUGUUAUUACAAGCAGUAGUGGAGAGCACGGAACAGCAGCUGAGGAAGCACGGAGGGAGCAUGGAAGAGGUCCAACUGGAAGAAGAACGUGACGUGCAGGACGUGGCAGUGGCUAUGAACGAGAAACACAAGUCUACCGCGGAACAACAGCAAGCAGGGACUAGUGAAGUGAUGAGACACGUUAGUGAAGACACAACAAGGAACAGGAGUCGGAGUCGAAGUGCAGCAAGAGACGAGAUGACACAGCGGCACCCUAAACGUAAAUGCGUAGGAGGUGCUACAAGUAGCGUGUCGAAACGUGGAAGAAGUGAGGAGCUACGUACUGUGGAUGAUCGUCACUCUCAGCGAUCUGCUAGGAGUCAGGACGAAGAGUCCAAAGAAGACAGAGAUGCGGUUGUACAUGACGCUGUGGCCAGAGCCGAAGAAGAACGGCGUCUGCGUGAUGAUAGAGAGGCGUAUCGGAUACGCUUAGCGCGUACUGUAAUGAUCCAGCGACGAUUAGAAGCUGAGGCGAAGCGUGCUCGCGUACAAGAAUAUUUGGAGCGUGAUAAGUAUCUGCAACUUCGACGCAAGUAUGAGGAGAUGGAACAUCGUAAGAAAGUGGCAGAGCUUGUGGUGAAGAAACAGUGUAGUGCAAUGACCGCGUCCUUGUCUACGUCGUCACCUAGCAAGACAAAGCGAUGUCUUCGAGAGAUCGAGAGACUUAGUAUCGCUUAUGAUGCAUGUCCAUCUGCACUUGUCCCCAAGUUGCGAGUACGCGCCUUGAAGGCUAAGCGCGUGGAGAAGGAUACGCCACGCUUAGCUGGGUUUCAGCUGAUUGCACGAGAUAUCACGGAAGACGACGACUUGAUGCGAUUGGUCAAGAGAGUGAAAGCCUUUGGGAAGAUGAUCACGUCUGACUCAGUGGAGCCACUUGUGGAAGACGUGGAUGUGGAGAAUAAUGAGGAUAGAACUGAGACGUUUGGAUUCCCCAGAGAGGAUGCAAAUAUUUCGAUGGAUGUUUCGAUCGAUGGGGCAGAAGUUGAUGUGUGUGUGGACUCUCAUGCUGAUGAUAACGAGGAGAAAAGCAGUUCUCGUCGUGAUUCUUUCCGGUCGACAUGGGACCUUCCUGGCUUUACCCGCGACCUUAACUUGAUUCAAGAUUAUACUACGGAGACGGACUGCAAGUUGUUGCGCUUUUUGGCAGGAGAGCGUCAGUACUUCUACUUGGAACCACUUGGAAACAACAACACGUACUCACAUGACGUGGAGAGAUGGCUACUUACGACGCACGAUCUUCAUAUAUUGCAUCGAUAUCUACUGGACCGCGCGGAUCUCGGCAAAGACUUGGUGUUGUGUGCUGAACGUCUGCGUGCACUUGGGAACUUGGUGCCUCCUCUACCUUCCUCAACGACCGAGAACCCGUUGACCGGUGAGUUGGGUGUGUUCGAGUCCUCACGACACAAAGGGUGGAGUGAAAUGCAGGAUAUGAUUGUGACAUUGCAUUCGCUUGCACUUGUGGCGCACAUGUUGGGGAAACACUAUGUGGCUCGACAAGUUAUGGGCAGUAACCGCACCAUAGGCGCCAAUCACGAAGAUAUUUUAAACGAGAGAACACUGCAGUCGGAUCUGUUCACGUACAUCCUGCGUCCUAUCCGAUCUUCUGCCAUUGAGUCGAGUUUAUUCGACUCGUUGCCAAUUUCUCUCGUCCGUGAAACCAUCGAGCAAUGCCCCGAGGUCGUCAACCAUGUGUUGCAGUGGAAAGGCAAGGGCGACGUACCGGAAUACCUUCGUGAAGUGGAUUCCUUUGAAUCUGAGGCGGGCGACGUGACAGCUGACCAGCGAAUGCAUCCCAGCAGCAGCUAUUUUUUACGGAAUCUGUUGGGGAGACUUACGACACAUAUGCGGGCUCUGGAUAGACUAAUGCAGGACUUGGUGGCCACUUUGAGAGAGAAGCGACCAGAAGUUCACGUGGAUAAUGCCAACUCGGUUGUUUUACGUCGUCGACGCAUCAUUGAGCAUGUAAAUCGCUUGAAAUCCGUGACGACGCAUGUGAUUGUGGAGAAUACGAAGCUGCAGCUACACAAAUGGUGGCUGCUCUUUGCAGAGAACUCGUGUGCGUGGUUUGAUCCGGACGAUGUGGACGAAUUGGACGACAGAUCCUACGACAAAUUCACUUGUCUUCAAGACGCCUUGUACAUAUGGCACAACGAGGCACUGUUGUACACAACCAAGGACGAUUUCGUGGACCCUGAGCGUCUGGUUGAACGAGACGAGUCGUCGAUUUAUCCUACUGAAGAGAACUCAAUUGACAGUGGAUAUAUUGGCGUAUCGACGGGUUCCAACCGUACGUCCAUGCCACGCGAAGAGGAAGUGGCUGCUCUACUUCGAUUAACCCCGACAAGCAUGCGUGACGAGCGUGAACUAGCAAAGCAAGUGGCGAUCCAGAAGAAGCUCUUAAAGCAUCAGUGGGCGAGAUACUCCCUGAAGUACCAGGAGUUCGCACCACCACAGGAAGAAAUGUUGGACCUGGAGAGUGAAGAUAAGGCUCCAUGUGAAGGGAUCGAGGCGCAACCGGAAGGUGAACCCACGUCGGAAAAAAGAGGCGAUUCUAUGGCCAUGCCGAUCGAUUGGACUGGUGUGUUCGACGCUGUGAAUGACCCUCCGGACGUGAUUGAGAUGAAGAAGCUUCGACAUGAAAUCACGCUCGCUAAAGACCAAUUAUUGCGUGAUAUUAGUGGAGAUAGGGAUCAGGACUCUGGUGCUGCGCUCAAUGCAGACCAGAAAGCUCUUAUUGAAGAAUGCAACGGACUUGCGGCGUCUUGUAUGCAAGCACUAGGAAAGUUUCUGGGUGUGGAAGAAACCGUGAUACCAGUGCGAAAAGCAGCCUCGCGUUCUGCAACGAAAUCUGCGAAGCGAGCCGCGUCGGCUUCGAUGAGAGACAAGGUUUCUCGAACUGCGUCUAGCAGACGACACUCGCAUGGUUCGAAGAAAGCGAGUUCGCAUUCGAAAAGUCCAGGGAGGAGUCGACGAAUCGAGUCGAUCCGUGUUGCCAAGGCCCUCGCAGCGUCAAGUGCUGCUCUCUUGAUCCCUACGACGCGAGCGAAGACGUCAUCGUCCAGAGCGAUGUCUGUGCGUAGUAUUGGCAACAGUCGUGGUCAGCGUACCGACGACAACUCACCGCUCCGCAUGGGAUGCUCCGGCUGUCGAGAUACGCGUCGUCGUUGCACCGGUUGCUCCGGUUGCUGUCUGCAUUGCGUGUGUGUGAGAUGUGGAUGUCGUAUGUGUUGCUCGUCUCGGCUUGCUGCGGUGCAGAAAACAAUGACACAUAUGCUGGAUACGAUCGAGGAGAAGGAGGCUUGUAAAUGGAUGAGCAACGCGUCAGCAGGAAGUCAAGGUCAUCACUGUGGCAUGUUAUUCUUCUGUGCACAGUGUCAUUGCUGCGAAGAUCAUUGCCCGUGUCUACUGACUUCUUCCGUGGCAUCCGAGGCCGCAGCUCCGACAGCGUCAGACUCGUCGUCUGGAUUCAUCGCAUCACUUAAUGCAACUUUAAGAGGAACAGCAGCUGCAACAGCAUCACGGAGAGAACGCCGCUUUAAGAUCAACCCCGUAGCAGCUCAACGUCGCGGCUCCAACUUGCCUACGAACGGAAAGGAAAAGGCGACUCCAACGUCAACACAUGGACGCAACGGCGGACCGGCAUUCGCGCGCCAAGCACAUGGACGGGCCCCGCUUCCUACGUUCGACUACGGUAUUGAAGGUGCCUUCGGCCUUGGGCCGAUGGAUCAACGUGGCCAGUGUCGCACGUGGCGCCCCGCGCCAUCGGAUAAGAAUGAACAAGAGGACUUGUUCCGCGCAGCGCGUGUACGCAUGAAACUCGUGCGCUCCGCAUUUGCUAAGAGUUCUGGUUCGUCGUCAGGUUCGAGUUGCUUAGACGGUGAGCAGUUGUGGCAGCCAGAGCGAAUCCGAAUGAUGUGGGAACGUCGUGACUUUCAUGGAGUGUUGGGACUGCCGCGUGAUGCCACGACGCAACAGAUUAAGCGGCAAUAUCGCAAAUUGGCACUCAAGUUGCAUCCGGAUAAAGCGUCUGAUACGUCGGCGUCGUUGGAGUCGACAGUGGCAGAAGCGGGCAAGAAUGUUGCGGCUGGAAACUCCGGUAAACGUGUAGAUGCCUUUGUGGCCGCGACACACUCGUACAAGAUUUUAUUGGGAGACGUUGAUGCCAUGCGGGGACUUGGUUAA